AUGCCUAACGACGAUAGUGACCUCUUGCGCCCAGAUUUUCAUUUUUCAAAUGAGGUUUUGACUCGCUCGAGGUCAACAUGGUCAGCAGUAGCCUCAGCGGCUCAGUCUGCGACCAAUCUGCCUUCUGCCUGCUGUAAUGUCAAAGCCUUUCUCAAUAAAACGCCGUCCAUUCCCGAAUCCAGCGGUGCCACAGACCGCAUCGGGAGCAAUUCUCUAUACACACAAGGUUACAUCAUUGACAUUGGAACCGAUGAUUUCGCGGAAGUUCAAUGGUGGGCUGCAAUUCUUGCAGAGGGACGAGGCUGUCCAUUUAGACUGCACCAUCGUGCUCAUCUUCCAUCCGCUAUCUCCCCUAUUAACCUUGAGCCACUGUCCUCGGCACAAGCACAGGAGUACCUUUUCAACCUGGCCCGAUAUCACGACGCUUUUGAUCAAUUGAUUAGUGCAUUGGCUGCCACCAUGACAAUACCACUGCAUAACCGGUUUGGGGCCAGCAUAACCUUGCCUUUGCCCCAGCCAGGACACAGCCCCAUCUCGCACCGGAACACCGAGUGA